UUCAGGAAGAGACUGGCGGUUCUCAAAGGAUCUGAAGAGGGAGUGCGAGAUUUCUUCCUGAUCCAGCCUAUCUCUGUGUCUGUAUAUACAGUCAUCUGCAUGCUCGUUGCAGAUAUGUGGCGCAGCAUCCACUGCGGCAGAUAUGAGGAGGAGGAGGAGGAGGAGGAGGAGGAGGAGGAAAAGGAAAAGACGGAAGCGGAGGAGGAGGAGGAGGAAAAGGAAAAGACAGAAGAGCAGGAAAAGGACGAGAGUCACAAGGCAGAGGAGGAGGAGGAGGAGGAGGAUGCAGAGCACGACAACGAGUUUCUGCGUGCUGCCCAGACUAUUCUUGAUCGCCCAGAGUUGCUUGACGUCACCUUUGUUUGUGAGGAUGGCAAGAAGGUGCAGGCGAAUCGAGCAAUUUUGGCGAGUGGGAGUGAGUACUUUUCCAAAUUGCUUUACGGGGACAUGAAGGAGAGUUCGAUGCACACAAUCACUCUUCCUACUGUGAGGGCAGGUAGUCUCCAGGUUGUGAUCGAAUACUUGCACUGUCAUCGGCGAAGGUGGAAGACAUGCCGUUGUUGGGAUAAAAUGGUUGAGGUGUACUGCUUGGCAGCAGAGUAUCAGGUCAAUCGCUUAUGCCGGAGGAUCUCAAGCCGGGUGCCCAGACUUGCUCAUGCAUGUGAAUUUCGAGAUCUGCUGAACGCAGCGAUCCCGAGGGGAGCCGAGGAGUUGCUGACAGCUGCAGUGGAAGCAAUGAACAAGGUGUUGGAAUUAGAUUCGACGUCGUUCAACGGGUGGAGCAACGAAAGCAUCAAGUUCUGCCUCGAGAACGUGCAGCUCCAUGCAAAUGUCACUGAGACAAUGAUUGCUGAGACUAUCCUCUCUGCUGCACAUCCUAUUAAAUCGGGGACACCGGAAAGGGCGGAGAACUGUGAUGCAGGGAUAGAUGGUACACUGUCAAGGAAGGAGUUGCAAGAGUUAUUCGAGGGGUACGUCAACCUGGCAUUUGUCGAGCCACCGUUUGUGAAGAAAAGGAUUGAGCCCUUGCAAAUCGUGCGGCAGGAAGUGCUGUCUGCAGUUUACAGAGUACAGUCCAUCUGCCUCUCGACAGGAUUGUCAGCCAAAUAUCUGUUUACAAUACCGUGGCGCUCUCUGGUUCCCAGAAUGUCAUUUGCGCCUGCGAAAAGGGACGAAGAUGGAGUUUGUAGUGCGUACAAUGACGUCUUGGCCCCGUCUAUAUGGCCCCGGGAUUCCAAGUCCAGUUACAUGGUUUCAGAGGAGCACCCACAGCGAGUCGAGCGUGUACAUGCAUAUGAUAUGGAAAAUGCAGUAAUGCGGUUACCUCUCUACAGUGGCGUGCACAUUUGGAGAAUCCGCUUCGAAACUUCUGGCGACGGGUUGGCUGCUGCUGGUAUCAUUUCGUCAUCGGGUACAACUGACAGUUAUGGCAGGCCAGAGGAGACAAAUGGUUGGUGGUUAAAAUCUGACUUAACAUUCGAUGCACCCAAACAAUGGGCACCGUUGUCGAGAUUUCCGAUGUUUGGGAUGAAGAAGUUUGAUAGAUCUAGGGGUUCUGUAGUCGUUAUCUUGGACAUGACUAGGGGGUCAUUAACUUUUGCCGAUAAACUAGGGCACUAUCUAAAUGACCGUGCAAAGUAUCGUCCUGCCUUUAGCAAUCUUCCCAGUGAUUCCCCACUUUACCCGGCCGUGCGGCUCCCCUUCCCUGGUUGUGCUAACUUAGAGUGGAUUCAAAGUUCCCCCCGUCCAUAAUGAGUCUGUCCAAGAUGAGCUGAAGUUUUCACGGUG